CAAAAGAUUUUAAUUCGGUGUGAAUUUAAACAAAAAAAGAAAGAAUGUUAUAAUGAGUCAUCAUCUACUUUUUUUAAUGAUAAACACAAAGAACAUAUUUUUAGUAAUCAAGAUUAUUCAGAUAAUGUAGUAAAAGAAUCAAAUAAUC